UUUCCUAUCCUGCAAAGCCACCACUGGAAUUAACUUUUCUCAAGUGGUGUAAGAAGCUGUUAGAGGAACCAUCUCACUCCCAAGCUGGCCCUGGAAAGUGAAGGGAACUCCCAUCAAUCACAGGGCAGGGUGGUGGGACCUCAGUCAAGGGCUGGAGAAGGGCUGAAGGGGAUGAGCAUGUGAUGGAGGAGGGAUUUGGGACAUGGGGAUGGUACACAGAGAGCAACAUCUUUGAUGGAGAGGGAGCUGGAGGAGAUGCAGUGUGGAGUUGGUGCUUCUCCAAGAUGGUCUCCUCAUCUUCCAUGUGGAGCCUGAGUGAAGGCUGCAGCCAUAGCCAUUGGCUUUCCUGGAAUUUAUGUAAAUGAUAUGUUUCUGUCACCAGCUGCUCAGAUACUCCAAUGUCAUCUGUUUGUGUCUGGAGACACCCUGGGAGGAUGGCAGAAUAUAUUGCCAGGGCUCAAGCUCCUCAUACCUCCGGCUUCAAGGUGAUGGUCUCCUUGGAGCAUCUUCCCUUGACAUGGGGAAGGUUGAGAAUUUCUGACCUUUUGCUCUUGCUCUGCAAUUAUAGCAACUGCAUCCAAGGACCUCUGUUUUCCAGUAUCCACUGCCCCAGCUCUUAUCUACAAGGUCCCUAAUGCACACAGCGGGGUAUGGGGUGGCCUUUAGACGUAAACAGAGCUGGAUCAAAGUACAGCCUACAUCUCUGGAGCUAAAGUAUCUUUCUUUUGCCAUGGAACAAGUAAGAUGCAGAGGGCAAAACUCCUCUGUCAAAUUAAGUGACCUCAUUUCUCCCUGGGGCUAAUGUCCAAUAGUCUCUGUGCCUCCUUGGCCAACAUAAUACAUUAUUGUCUUUUUUAAGAUCCACGUGUGCCUUGGGAAGUGUGGUUUGGAAAAGGUUCCUAUAUCAAGUGGCAGCAGCCACUUGAGGUAGUCUCUAAUUGGAAGUGUUUUUCUGCCUUCUGGAAAUUCUUGGAAAAUACUUCUUUUAGUAAAGUGGAACCCAGAAGUGUGUCCUUUAGGGAGCAGCUGCAUCACCGAGGGUCCAAGAAAUGCCUGCAGAUUAAGGAAUUUGGUAGAAAGUGGAAAAAACUCUCCACCAUAGUUGUAUAGACACACACAUGUGCAUGUACAGACAUAUAUAGGAUCCCUGUGUGAUACAGGCAUGUACCUGGUGUGAGGGGAAGCACAUGAAGUGCAGCCAUUAUAUUUGUAGUUGUGCCUUCUUUACAAAGAGUGUAUCAGUGGUUGCAUUUGCUUCUCCCAAAGGUACAGGACACUUGUUUCCAGACUCAAGGGCAGGCUCUGCAGCACCAGCAGUUUCCACAUGGAGUUUCUGCAGUUCUGCUCGCCAUGACCUUGUGGGCCACCAGGAAAACAACAGGGUCCUGCCAGCCUUGUGCGAUGAACCAUCACUUGCCAGGACUUGCACCAGGCUUCCAGGGACACUGAGUUGCUGCUCGGGAUCCUGAACACCUCUGAUUCCUCACCGUACUGCUGGCAGGGUGAGAUUGAUGUCCAGUUUGGGUCACUGGGCAGAGUCAAGCCCGUCACCAUCCUCUGUGCCCUUGGCAGAUUGGGGGACCAAGCUGGACCCUUCUCUCUAAAGAAGGGUGCAAGGGAUAGGCUUGGGGCUGUCCAUAAUCAGUCCAGUGAGAAGAGCCACCUCCUUCACCCUUUCCACCUGGGAACCAUGUCACUGCUGCGGAUGGCACCACAUGGAUGCAUUGCAAGGGCCAGCAGCCUGACAGCGAGGCACUAGCUGAGCCUGAGCACUAUCACGGGGCAUAGAGCUGCCGGGGGGUGCCAGCAUCCCCACCACAGCUGCACUCGAGGGAUGUAGGUGCCGGGCACAGGAGGGGUCCAGGCAGCAAUGGGCCGGCUGGAUGAGCAUGCCAAGAGGAGGAUUGUGGAGCUGCGCAGGGCUGGGCUGAGCUUCCGCAAGAUCAAGAAGGUGCUGGAGCUGGAUGACAUCCGGGUGACGCCACAGGCUGUAUAUCUCUUCCUCAAGAGGAAGAGUGUGGAGCCAAGGUCAGUGGCAGCUGGCUGGGAUGGGGACCAACCCUGGCCUCCACUGCAGGGGCAUGAGGCUGAGCCCCCCAGGCUGUUGGGCACACAGCACCCUGCACUGCCUGCUGGGGAUCCUAUGGGCAGCCGGGCGCCCUGCUCUGCUGGCAGCCAGGACACCAAGGAGGACAUCCACAUUUUUGGUGUGGCCUCGCUCUGCAAGGACGGUGUGUGGCUUGGGGACACUCUGCCUAUGGGGCUGGCCCCUGGAAAUGGUGAUGACAGCUCCACAGGCACAGCCCUGGCUCCAGGGACUCCUCUGGGAGGCCUGGCCCCCCUGCCACUGCCCAGCCGAGGGCAGCUGAUCGCAACCCCCACCCAGAACUCAGCAGUGACGGUGAAAAAGAAGACUGUGGACAGGGCUAUCCUCUUGCAGAAAAAGGUCAAAGAUGCCAGCACUCAGACUGUCUUGCCAAACCCUGUGGGUCCAGGAAAUCACAGCCUUGCUUGGAGUGGACCACUGUCCCCCACUGCUCCCAGCUCUCCCACCAUCGGCGAGAAGCUGGAUGCUGUACAGAUGGAGGUGCAGAAGCUGAGCCAGGCCCUGCACGCAGUGCUGGAGCGGCAGUGCCGCCUGGAACGCCUGCAGGAGCACCAGCAGCGGCUGCAGCAGGAGGUGCUGAUGGCACUGCAGCAGCUCAGCUCCACUGUGAGCCACAGCACUGUGCCAGCCACCCAGCCCUGUGGCUCCUUCAGCAGCAUGGGCCAGCCCUCGCCCACCAUGCCAAACUUCAGCCAGUUCAAGAUGGAGCUGAUCUGAUCUCCUGCAAGGCCUGUGUGUGCCAGUAGUGUGCUAAUGUCAGGAUGGAGCCAGGAGGAAGAACCAUCUCUCAGAGGCUGCCCAAGGAUUACAUGCAGACCCAGCAGAUAAGGUCCCUGGUGCCUCGUGUUCCCAGCCUUGCUGACUGGAAAGGGGCUGCCUGGCACAAGAGGCUGGACAGUGGAAGGCUGAGGCCUUGCUCCUCCUGUGCUGCUCAUCCUGACUGGCACUGGAGCUGGCUGGGGCCCAUGGACCUCAGCAGAAGGCAGUUGCCUGCAAGGAGAAGAUGUAGCUGAGACAGACACAGCAGGAAUGUGGGACUCCAAGGAUACAAGAGACUUCCUUCUCAUGAGGGUCAAUGCCAUGAUGAUCAAUCUUGCCCUCCCCUCCACAGAACCUUGUUCAGUAAGAAUCUGUCUAUGCCACAGUUCAGAAUGAGUGUGGGAUCAGUAUCUGCAUUUUCCUUACCCCUCACUCAGCCAGUGAGCAAGCAAGAUCUGUCAAGGGUCACUGUCACCUUGCAUGGAAUGGCACACGGUGCGGAAACCCAUGAGGUGAAACCAGUGCUGCACACGUGAUAUUGUUGGAGCCUUGUAUCAGCUGCUGCACCAUUAGGGAUAGAUCACACUGUGUAGGAAACAAUCUUUUACUGAGCAGAUUCCACCCUCCUCAUCCCAGAAACUCAGCAGAUCUGGAGUAUGGUACUGCUGCUGCCCACUGUCUGGCAAAAUAUGGGCAGGACCAUACCAAUAAGAGUUGCACGUGGGCAGGAGCUGAUUAACUGGGUGUUCAGCUCUCCUCUAACCCAUUUUCCUGGGCAGGACACCUUCCUGGUUGUGAUCCUCAGUUGCAAGGGCUGUCCCUAGAGAGGCUGCUAGUGGUGCAGAACGGCUGUAGCAGAGCAGGGCAUGAUGCUGAGAACCCCCUUGCCUGGACCAGAAGGGCACAGGGGAGGCUGAUGGGCCCUUAGUGAGCAAUGGAGUCCAGAAGGACCAGAGAUUGAGGAAAAGUCUGAUGGAAGUGGCCUUGGCUCAGCACCCAGAAGUGAGUCCUGAGAGGAGGCAGAGCAUGUGUCCUUCCUCUGCAUCAGCCAAGCAGGCUUCUGUCUGCACGGGCACCACACUUGGCACAACUUGUGCCUGUGAGAAGUCCCAGUCUGUUUCUGAGGUCUCCUUGAGUCCAAGGUCAAAACUAAGAAGGGUAAAAACCAAUUCAGGUGUUUGUACACAGACACACUCACACACAGCUCAUGCAUGCACAGAUGCAGAUGCAUGUGGCAGGUCUGUGCAGCAGCCCCAGUGAAUGGGGGAGCUGGACACCCCCUCUGCUCCCCUGAGACACAUCACUAGCCCUAGGGCUGCCCAGGAGCACUAGAAGUCUGCUGCCAUCUGCCUGUGGUCAUUCGUUUCGAUGUUGAUGUAAUUUUGGGGACAUCUGAAAAGUAACAGAUGAAGAAAAAUACCUAAUCAAUCGCUCUGCUCUUUUGCACAAGGUAGCUAAUCUGCACCUCAGAUUUGAAAAGAAGAGGCUGGAUGACCAGCACUUAGCAGGCACAGUUUCUUAAUGUCUCUGUCAAUGUUUUACGGAAAAACAGGAGCAGAGCAGCUGCGAUUCCCUGGCAUGUGUACAUAAAACCACCCUAGUUUCUGAAACAGCUUCCCUAAAUCUGACUUAGGCUAUUUCUUAAAUCAUUUUAAAAAUUAAAAAAAAAAAAAAUCUACUGGGUUUUCUAUUCCCUGAAUGUAUUCUAAGAACUUUCCUCAUUUCUAACUCUUGCACAUCAGCCCCUUACCCAGUGCUAAAAAUACCCAGUAAAAAUUAAUAAAAAUAAAUCACUUAGGCUGGUUAAAUAA